CCCUAAGUGAGCCCUACCAUCUUAUUAAUUAAUUAAUUUAUUUAUAGCCUAUAAAUAUGAGAAAAAAAAUAGAAAAGAAAAUUAAAAAAUAGAAAAUAAAAAAAAUGGUGAUUAGUAGCGCAAGUACGGAAACCUCAAACCAAUGUUUAUCAUCAACCUUUGCUUCUCGCUAUGUUCGCACUUCACUCCCCAGGUAUAAGAUGCCAGAAAAUUCAAUACCAAAGGAUGCAGCUUACCAGAUAAUAAGCGAUGAACUUAUGUUAGAUGGGAACCCAAGGUUGAAUCUUGCUUCAUUUGUGACUACUUGGAUGGAACGUGAGUGUGAUCAGUUAAUGUUGGCUUCCAUUAACAAAAAUUAUGUCGAUAUGGAUGAAUACCCUGUAACCACCGAGCUUCAGAACCGUUGCGUUAAUAUGAUAGCUCACCUAUUUAAUGCUCCAAUCGGAGAAGAAGAAGCAGCGGUUGGCGUAGGCACCGUAGGGUCGUCGGAGGCAAUCAUGUUAGCAGGUUUAGCAUUCAAGAGAAAAUGGCAGCAAAAGCGUAGGGCAGAAGGUAAACCUUGUGACAAACCUAAUAUAGUCACAGGUGCAAAUGUGCAGGUUUGCUGGGAAAAGUUUGCUCGUUACUUCGAGGUGGAGCUAAAAGAGGUGCAUUUAGAAGAAGGAUACUAUGUAAUGGACCCAAAAAAGGCAGUUAAAAUGGUGGAUGAGAACACAAUCUGUGUGGCAGCAAUUCUUGGUUCAACGUUAACUGGAGAGUUCGAGGAUGUUAAGCUCUUAAACGAACUUCUGACCCAAAAAAAUAAGGAGACUGGAUGGGAUACCCCUAUUCAUGUUGAUGCAGCUAGUGGAGGAUUCAUUGCUCCUUUCAUUUAUCCUGAUCUUGAAUGGGAUUUUCGGUUGCCUUUGGUUAAGAGUAUUAAUGUUAGUGGUCAUAAAUAUGGGCUUGUGUAUGCUGGUAUUGGGUGGGUUAUUUGGAGGAGUAAAGAUGAUUUGCCUGAGGAUCUUGUUUUUCAUAUCAAUUAUCUUGGAUCUGAUCAGCCUACUUUCACUCUCAACUUCUCCAAAGGUUCAAGCCAGAUCAUUGCACAAUACUAUCAGCUGAUCCGCCUUGGUUUUGAGGGCUACAAGCAAGUGAUGGAAAAUUGUAGGGACAAUGCCAAGUAUUUGAAAGAAGGAAUAGAAAAAACAGGAAAGUUUGAGGUGGUUUCAAAGGAUAUUGGUGUUCCUCUCGUUGCAUUUUCACUGAAAGAUAGCAGCAAGUACACUGUAUUUGGCAUAGCUGAGAGUCUGAGGCGGUUCGGAUGGAUUGUGCCAGCAUACACAAUGCCACCCAAUGCUGAGCACAUUGCAGUGUUGCGAGUCGUCAUAAGGGAGGAUUUUAGCCGGAGCCUUGCAGAAAGACUUGUUUCAGACAUCCAGAGAGUUGUGCAGGAAAUGGAUGCACACCCAAUAAAUAUUGUACCCUUAGAAAGUAGUAUGACACAAGGAGAUAAGGGGGGUGUUAAGAAAGAUUUGGUUGGUACUCAAAGAGAAAUAGCACAGCAUUGGAAAAGUUUGGCUCAUGGAAGUAAAAGAAAGACUAAUGGAAUUUGCUAAACACAGACGAUGUGCGGCCCUGAGAUUUGCCAGGCCCAGGAUGAAAUAUUAAUUAUCGGCCCUUAACUACUAUAUAUAUUAUUAUGAGUGUCUUAGUAUUAAGUAUUUAAACAUCUUUCUUCUUAUAUUUUUGGAUGGGUUAGGGCACGGCUCUUCUUAUCCCUUAUAGGGCCGGCCUUGAUGUUGUGUUCUCUGUUAUAAGUUGAUUGGUGCUAUGUUGUAUCAUACAAUGUAAGUUUAUGUUUGCACAUCUUUUAAGUUUUCAUUCAUCAAGAAUAAAAAAGAAAUCUAAGAGCUUUAUGUUUGUA